CUCGGUGGAAGGGGGUGGGAUUUCAAGAUCUUUACGCUGUCAUUGGUUAAUAUUUUAUUCUGUUGACAUGUUUUCUUACUGCUAAUGCUUCCGACACCUCCAGCCCCCUUACCGAUCUUGGUCGGAGCUGUCAAAACCACGCCUAUAGAGCUCUACAAUUGGUCCGGAAAGCGUAAAAUCGUCAAUCAAGGGGGCUUGGUUCAUUAGUGUAUGGAGCCGGGGAGGAGGGACAUGUUUGGCAGUCACAGUUCCACGGUGAUCAGGACAGGACGUCUAUGUACUGGUGCAGUUUUGGAGUUGGAACACUGAUUAUAUUUACAUGAAACUAUGUUGGUGUGGGUAUAAGGAGUUCAGCCUUGCCGUCGAAGUGUCGCUUCCGUCUCUGACGGAUAUCAUAACGGUGCCGCGUGGGGACAUCAGAAGUGGCAUACCCUUCCUCGCGCUGGUGGAAACGUCUGGGACGCUUUGGCUCUUGGCAACGCGCAGACCAACAAUUUCUACUCUUUAGCUCUAAUUCUGAUUGGAAAUCUGGAUACAAACCGAUACAUCUGCUGUGGGCCCUAGCGUGUAAUAAUUUCAUAUUGAUUUUUGGAUGCACCGAUGAGAGAUCCAGUUUACACAGGGACUGCCAUGGCGUAUCACCCUUUCCACGCUCACCGGCCGGCCGACUUUCCAAUGUCAGCCUUUCUCGCUGCCGCCCAGCCGUCAUUUUUCCCUGCCCUGGCGCUGCCUCCCGGCGCGCUCACCAAGCCACUCUCGGACCAUGGUCUCAGUGGAGCUGCGGAGGCAGGACUGCACGCGGCGCUGGGGCAUCACCACCAGUCGGCUCAUCUCCGCUCCCUGAAGAGUCUGGAGCCUGAGGAAGAGGUGGAGGAUGACCCAAAAGUCACUCUCGAGGCCAAGGAUUUAUGGGACCAAUUUCACAAAAUAGGAACCGAAAUGGUUAUUACAAAAUCAGGAAGGAGGAUGUUCCCGCCAUUCAAAGUACGUGUGAAUGGGCUCGAUAAGAAAGCCAAGUAUAUUCUUCUAAUGGAUAUAGUGGCCGCAGACGACUGCCGCUACAAGUUCCAUAACUCGCGUUGGAUGGUAGCUGGAAAAGCCGACCCAGAGAUGCCGAAGCGAAUGUACAUCCACCCAGACAGCCCUGCCACCGGGGAGCAGUGGAUGGCAAAGCCUGUUGCUUUCCAUAAACUCAAGUUGACGAAUAAUAUAUCAGACAAACAUGGAUUUACUAUAUUGAAUUCGAUGCACAAAUACCAGCCUCGGUUUCACAUAGUGAGAGCCAACGACAUCCUCAAGCUACCGUACAGUACUUUCCGAACAUACGUUUUCCCAGAAACCGAUUUCAUCGCAGUCACCGCUUAUCAGAACGACAAGAUAACUCAACUAAAAAUCGAUAACAAUCCAUUUGCCAAAGGAUUCAGAGACACAGGAAAUGGAAGAAGAGAAAAGAGUCCGGUCUGCAGGAAGCAGUUAACACUUCCAUCGCUGCAAAUGUAUGAAGACCAGAGCAAAGCGGACGGCGACUGCGCCGACUCAGAUGACUCUUCCUGUGAACAAACUGGAAGGGAAUCUGUCCACUCUCCCCUCGGACCCCGGAGCAGUCCGCAGGGGUUCAACCAAGCUAGUCGAGAUGAGAAGACUACCGACAGCGACCAGGAGAUCGACCUCCAAGAGGAGUGCUCCCCUGGAGCCAGCAGCCCGCCGGGUGAGCACUCCUCCCCUCCCAGCCCCAGAGACAGGAGGAUGGACUGCCAUGAUGCAAGAAAAGAGAGUGACUCUGUGUUUAGUAUUCGAAAUCUUGAAAAGGACAAGUUGGACAGUAAACAUCGCAAGGAGACAGAAUUUACCAAGAAGGACACGGACGCUGGCUUAAGUGGGGUUAAGGAGGGCUUUUCUCCUUUAAUGGUUCAAACGGAAAGCCCAUCACACUUCAGCGCCAGUCACCUGCAAAGCCUUGCCCUGUCUGGCUUGCACAGUCAGCAGUUUUUCAACCCACUAAAUACCGGCCAACCGCUGUUCUUCCACCCUGGGCAGUUUGCAAUGUCUCCUGGAGCAUUCUCCACCAUGGGUAUGGGGCAUCUGCUUGCCUCUGUGUCCGGGGCCAGUGGCUUGGAGAACGGCCUGUCCUCUCAAGGCUCUCCUAAUCAUUUCCCAUUUCACUUGUCGCAGCAUAUGUUGGCCUCUCAGGGAAUUUCGCUGCCCCCUUUUGGAGGGCUGUUCCCGUACCCCUACACCUACAUGGCAGCAGCAGCUGCAGCUUCAGGUCUGCCCGCCUGCUCUGCCUCCACGCUGGGGAGGAGCGCCUUCCUUAGCUCUCGCCCUCGGCUACGCUUCAACCCUUACCAGAUCCCCACGUCUCUGCACCCCAGCUCCAACCUGCUCUCCACUGGCCUGCCGGGGGGCGUCCCCGCAGGGGCCGAGGUGUCCAAGUCCAGCAGCCCAGAGACCAGCCCGGUGUUGGAGCACCGUGGCAUCAAAGCUGCUUCCAACCAGAGGACGGCAUCGCCCAAAACAUCCGUGAAGGAUUCCAUCAACGAACUGCAGAACAUCCAGAGGCUUGUGAGAGGACUUGAAAAAACACAAACCGUGUCCCCUACAAUAGAUUCCCCAAAGUGACAAAAAAAACAAUAUUCAAACUGUGACAUGGCUGCAACAUAUUCACCAGUUACCGAGGGGAACACGGUGCUGGUAACUUCUGUGCGCUUACAAAGACCACAUGACAUCUUGGAAUGUUGAGCCAGGAAGACACUGGUUAUGGGACUUAUCUGUAGCCUACUGAGAAAGAGUUAAGUCCACAAUAUAGGCAAUUUAAUCUGAUUUCACAAAGGGAUCGAAAGAACCCUAACUGGUUGGACUCUUAAUCUGUUCUCCUUGGAUUGAAGUUGUUGGUCUAAUUGAAUUAUUUAUGUUACAAAUAAAAGUAAUUUUGUAUAUAGGGCCUAUACUUUAAACUAAUUGAAUGAGAAUAGAAUACACAAUUUGUUAUUUAUUUAAACAUGUACAUUGGUGUGUAUAUAUUACUUAGAUUUCCACUUGUUGCAUUUUAAUUUCCAUUUUUACAUGGAAAUAUUGUACAUGGACACCAUUUCGAGCUUUUUGAAAACGAGGAGUUUCAAAAGUUUGUGACGCUUCACUGUUUAUCCUGCCAGUGAGAUAUGAAGGAAUGCGUGCCACCGGUAAACCAUUUCAAAUACUGUUGACAAGACAGCAGAGCACCGUGUAUUUGGCAGAGAAAACUCAGGUUUCUUUUUCACCAGCACUAAAUACUAUACCUCGUUAGUGGAAACGAAAUUGGCAUCUUUUGUGCUGGUUUAUUCGGGUAAAUUAAUAUGCUUUUGUUGUGUUUAUCACACUUUCAAUAAAAAAGAAUGUGUCGAUCCGA